AGCCCAGUGAAUCAGACGGGAGGAGGGAGGGACGAGGGGAAGGAGGAGGGAGCCGGUGAGGGUGGAUGGGUGGGAGUGUUACUGUGUGUGAGAGAGAGAGAGAGGAUUCAAACGCUAGAGAAAGGGCCAGCGUACACCCGCCACAACUGAAAGCACAAGGAUUGUGUGAGUGUGUGCUUGCGUUUGGAGUAACGGCGAUGUUGGAGCACUCGUCUGAGCUGGGCUUUGUGCCGAGUGUGUGUGUGGACAGCAUGCGAUACCCAUCCACCGCGAACAGCGAUGUCUCCAUGAGGAGCACAGAAGAACUGCUGCUGAGUAACGGUACAGCUGGGAAGAUGAACGGCGCCCUGGAACACUCGGACCAGCCUGAUCCGGACGCCAUUAAGAUGUUUGUGGGUCAGAUCCCUCGCUCCUGGUCCGAGAAAGAGUUAAAGGAGCUUUUUGAGCCGUACGGAGCCGUCUACCAGAUCAACAUACUGCGAGAUCGUAGUCAGAACCCACCACAGAGCAAAGGGUGCUGUUUUGUCACAUUCUACACGCGGAAAGCUGCCCUGGAGGCCCAGAAUGCACUGCACAACAUAAAGACCUUAACUGGGAUGCACCAUCCCAUACAGAUGAAGCCCGCAGACAGUGAGAAAUCUAAUGCGGUGGAGGACAGAAAGCUGUUCAUCGGCAUGGUGUCGAAGAAAUGCAACGAGAAUGACAUCCGGGUCAUGUUCUCUCCUUUGGGACAGAUCGAGGAGUGCCGUAUCUUGAGGGGACCAGACGGACUCAGCCGAGGAUGUGCGUUUGUCACGCUGUACCCCUCAGAGAUUAAAGGCCGUACUGCAGCUGACCUUCUCUUGUCUCUCCGUCUGAUCAAGAAUUACGAGCGAAGAGAAGGCUUCAGCAUCCAGAAGGUGGAGGGGAGCCUCACAGAUUCAUCUCCACCCACAGCUUACUCUGGUCCAGCUCACGCUGAGGCUGAGGAAGGCUUUAAUCACCCGAGGGGCUGCUCCUCCCCCAUGGUGGUGAAGUUUGCCGACACGCAGAAGGAUAAGGAACAGCGGCGGCUGCAGCAGCAGUUGGCGCAGCAGAUGCAGCAGUUGAACAGUGCGUCUGCCUGGGGCAGCCUGACCGGCCUGACUGGCCUCACCCCGCAGUAUCUGGCAGUAAGAGGACACACCCACGCAGCCCUGCCAACCAGCAGCACAGCCAACGCAGCCGCCGCAUUGCUUCAACAAGCAACCUCCUCCAGUAACCUAGGAGCGUUCAGUGGCAUUCAACAGAUGGCAGGUAUGAAUGCUCUGCAGUUGCAGAAUCUGGCCACUCUAGCAGCAGCAGCGGCUGCAGCACAGAGCUCAGCCAGCCCGUCCACCGCUAGCGCCCUGACCUCCAGCACAGGGUCCCUGGGAGCCCUGGCCAGCCCAGCAGGUUCCACAGCUAACUCCAGUGUGGGUGCGAUGGGUUCCCUGGGUUCUCUGGGGACACUGCAGGGUUUGGCCGGGGCCACCGUUGGCCUCAAUAACAUAAAUGCACUAGCAGGUAGCAUCAACAUUGCUCACAUGCUCUCAGGUAUGGCAGCUCUGAACGGCGGGCUGGGCAGCACGGGCCUGAGUAACGGGUCGGCCGGGCCCAUGGACGCUCUCACACAGGCCUACUCAGGGAUCCAACAGUACGCGGCUGCCGCCCUGCCCACUCUCUACAGCCAGUCCCUACUGCAGCAACAGAGUGCUGCGGGCAGCCAGAAAGAGGGACCUGAAGGAGCCAACCUGUUCAUCUACCACCUCCCACAGGAAUUUGGGGACCAGGACAUCCUACAGAUGUUCAUGCCUUUCGGAAACGUGGUGUCUGCCAAAGUCUUUAUCGACAAACAGACCAAUUUGAGCAAGUGCUUCGGUUUCGUCAGUUAUGACAAUCCUGUGUCAGCGCAGGCCGCCAUUCAGGCGAUGAAUGGGUUUCAGAUCGGCAUGAAGCGUCUCAAAGUCCAGCUCAAGCGCUCGAAGAACGACAGCAAACCGUACUGAUCUUAGCACUAGGGCCUCUCUCAUGUUACACUGCUAGGAACUCAUCUCCAUGACUCUAUGCUCAUCGUUUGCCUAGCAUGUCUACGUGGCGUACAAAAAAAAAAAAGUCUCAUCGUCCCGUCAUUAUUUCUGAUGUCUUUCUGAGUUCUCCUGCUCAUAAUCUGGUCUCCUUUUACUGAUCUUUGUACUUUGAUCUUAGCCUGAUCUUUUUUUGGAAAAGUUUCGCAUGUGACCUCAUUUUGACCUUUUUUUUCUUGUGUUUGUUUUGGUUUCUGUUUUGUUUUUUGUUUGUUUAGAUUAACUGGUGAGGGAGGGAGGGAGCAAGGGAGUGAAGGAAGGGAGGAAAGACAAAAAAAAAACAAUAAUAAUAAUGUGAAAACGCUGCAUUCACACUCUAGAGACAGAGUAUAUUUACUAACAUAACCAGAGCAUCAUUUUAAGAAAACAGAAAACA